AUGCCGAUGGCAAUCCACUUUGAUAAACACAAAAAAGAAGAAUCUCUUGAAAUUUCACAUCACGGAGUUACACAAGUGGAUGAAGAGAGAAACAUAUUGACAGAUUUAAAUUCUGUCAGUGUUGUGUUCGGAAGAAUUUUAUUGCAAUUUCAACACAUAGAUUACAUCCUUACUUCACUUUGGGAUAAACGAAACAAAUUAAAUUCUUCAAAGAAGCAUCGGAUACGAAUGAAAAAAUCCAUUUCCCCAUCUCAUCUGCUUGAGUUCACUAAGCCAAUAUCAUACAACAAUGAAGAUUACCCUCAAUCUUUUGCUACCAAAUCGGAACAGUAA